AUGACGGCACUAAUGAUUCAAGUGCUGAUGAAUCCAAUCAUGAUGAUAUGCAAAGCCAAGAAGGCACAAAAGACAAGAGAUGAUCAAGCACAACUAGCUCAGGAGAGUGACUCAGAGGAUGAUCAAGUCCUUUUGAUGGUGACAAAUGAUUCAGACAAGGCUACCAACAAUGAAUGGUACUUGGAUACAUGGUGCUCAAAUCACAUGACUGGGAGGAAAGACUGGCUGAUUGAUCUAGAUGAAUCUGUAAAGAAAAAUGUCAGGUUUACAGAUAACAGCAUUGUCAAGAUUCAUAGAAAAAAUGGUAAAAGGUCCUCAAUCACUGAAGUUCUCUAUGUACCUACCAUGCACAACAACCUGUUGAGUUUAGGACAACUGCUUGAGAAGGGAUAUAAGACAAUGCUUGAGGACCACCAUAUGAAGAUUUUUUAUCAGAAGGGUAGGAUGAUUAUCAAGGCACCAAUGUCAAGCAAUAGGACCUUUAAGAUUGAAAUACAGGUUCAGCAAGAUCAAAAGUGUCUCUCAGUCAUUGAAGACUCUAAAAGCUGGCUUUGGCACAAGAGGAAGAGUGAAGUGUUUCUCACUUUCAAAAUAUUUAAUGUGAUGGUAGAAACACAAAGUGGAAACAGGAUACAGAAACUUAGAUCAGAUGGUGGUGGUGAAUACACAUCACAUGAAUUCAGGAAGUUCUGUGAGGAUGAGGGUAUCAUUCAUAAGAUCACACCUCUAUAUACACCACAACACAAUGGUGUAUCUGAGAGACUCAAUAGACCCAUAGUCAACAUGACCAGGUGUAUGCUAAGGAAUUUUCACUGGCCAAAGGAAUUUUGGGGUGAGGCAGUGUCAACAGUAGCCUAUCUACUCAACAAAUGUCCAACAAAGAGGCUAGAGAGUGUGACACUUGAAGAAACUUGGAGUGGAAGUAAGCCCUGUGUCAAGAACCUAAGAGUGUUUGGAUGCUUGUGUUUCAAGCAUGUUCCAGAUCAGUUGAGAAGAAAACUGGACAAGAAGGGUGAGUAG